UUAUGCUGCAUUCGUUGGUUCGGAAUAUUUUUAGAUUAAAUUUUGGUAGAACAUUUUCUGGACCGACAGUCCGACAAGUGAGUACGAUGGUCGAUGCUAAGUUGGAAGCUGUUCCGUUGGUGGAAAUCGAUGAGGGAAUUUUUAAGUAUGUGCUAAUCAAAGUCUACGGGAAGGAGAAAUCCGAUGGCAGCGAGCCAAGCAAGAACAUUGUGCGUGGAUUCGCCCACGCUAAUUGGCAUUCGGAUAUUUACGAUGAGGUUAGUUCGUCACUGGCUGGACUGGGACUGGAGACGGAGUGUCUCGGUGGGGGUCGGAUCGAACAUCGGGCAGAGGAGAAGCUGAUAAAGGUUUACGGAUACUCGCAGGGUUAUGGCAAGGCGGAUCACCAGGAAACGAGACGGAUUCUGUUGACCCAGUUCGGUGGCUAUGAGAUUCACACUUCUGAUGAGGGGUACUAAUGUGUGGUGCUAGAUUUGUAUCAAUAAAUUGAGUGGGUUUUAUUUGUCUAGAAAAA